UUCCUAUUGACGCAGGUGACGGCGCGGUGAAUUACGGCAAGCGAGAUCACGGGGAACUCCUGGUCAAACACACGAGGCGGUGGAGGUGAAUGAACCGCCGAUCAAUUUCUUUGGAAGACAUUGUUGCAGAAUUACGGUGAACAUCGAUAACGCCACACAGUUCCCCGGAGGCCGAAGCGGGUCAGGGGGUCCGGGUUUCUUCGUGGCUCCUCGUUCUGAACGAUGUUAAUGGACGGAGCUGUGUUCUCCACUGCUGCUCCUUCUCCUUCUGUCGUUGCUCCUCCACCACCAGCCUCAGCACCACCCUCCAAACCCAUUCCCGCCCUUACUCCAGCAUGUCCGCCUCCACCACCCCCACCACCCCCACCUCCUCCCCCCCCACCACCGCUGGCCACUCCAGCACCAUGCACCAUCCAGCGGCGCUGCAUGAAGAAGGUGAACUGGGUUGCCAUCCCCGGCAGGUGCAUUGUGGGUAAGAUGAACGUGUGGACGUCCGGGCGCUCCCAGACAGAGGAUCUGGUGCUGGACCUCCGCAGCAUGGAGGAGCUGUUCAGCCACGGCGAGACGCAGGCCCCGUGGAGGGGCCGCCGGACCCCCGGGGACGGGCACAAGGGCGGCAAAGGCCUGACCCCCUUUUCCAAAGCUGCGCAGAUCUCCAUUCUGGACGCCAAGAAGAGCAUGAACAUCGCCAUCUUUCUGAAAACCUUCAAGCGCCCUGUUCCAGAAAUGGUUGAGGACAUUAUUCACGGCAACUGGCUGCGAUUUGGAUCGGGCAAACUCGGAGAGCUUUGUAAACUGCUUCCAGAUACAAGUGAGGUGAAGAAGCUGUGUGCUUUUAACGGAAACGUCUCACACUUAGCUGAAGCCGACCACUUCAUGGUGCAAUUGGUUAGAGUUCCAGGCUAUGAUGAGCGAUUGAAGACCAUGGUGCUAAGAGAGGAAUUCUUCCCCCAAAUGGAGGAGAUGAAGACCUCGGUGGAUGUGAUGACCAAAGCAGCUAAUGAGCUGUUGGACUGCGAUGACCUCCACUCAGUGAUUCGCUUGGUGUUGAAAGCUGGGAACUAUAUGAAUGCUGGCGGACACAGUGGGAAUGCCAUCGGCUUCCGGAUGAAUUCCCUGCUCCAGCUGUCUGACACCAAAGCCAAUAAGCCCGGCAUGAACCUGAUGCACUACGUGGCGAAGCAAGCGGAGGACAUUGAUGCAGAGCUGCUCACGUUUCCCAGCCAACUUGAACACAUCGCAAUGGCUUCGAGGAUUUGCCAAGAGGAGGUGAAGGCCGACUUUGAAAGGGAAGUUAAGAAGAUUGAGGAAGUGCAGUUGUACGCCAGCAGACAACCCAGUCUUCUCCAGCAGAUGGAGACAUUUCUCCUGAGGGCCAGAGUGAAGUUGUCCGAUCUGAGUUCUUCUCUCGGUGAACUCAGUAAACUGAGGGAAGCGGUGGCCGAGUUCUUCUGCGAAGACCUGGCCGCUUUCAAACUGGAGGACUGCUGCUCUGUCUUCAGCUCCUUCUGUCAGAAGGUCCUCACAGCCAUUCAGGACAACCGGCUCCGCGAGGCGCUGGAACUGAGACGCAAGUGCAAGGACUCGGCCCGCGGCUCGAUCAAGCGGCGCUCCACCUGGUCCGGGCAGGAACCCCGCGCCGUCGGGAAACGCUACGCCUCGUCGGAGACCCUCGACUCCUCGUCCGGAGACCAGGAGACCGCCGGCUUGGAGUCGGCGCUCCACUGCUUCCUGGCCGCCGCGGCUCCGAACCGGUGCCGGAGGAAGCUCAUCCCCGUGGAGAUGGGACCGUUGUUGGAGCUCAGCAAUAGCCCAUCGUCCCGCUCGGAGGGCCUGGAGGAGACCCUGGCGACGCCUCUACUAAGCCUGGAGGCCACCCUAUUGCCAGGCCUGGAGACCACCCUACUGCCUUGCCUGGAGACCACGCUACUGCCUUGCCUGGAGAGUACCCUCCUGCCAAGCCCAGAGGAGAAGGACCUCCCGCUCACCGUGGAAAACCAGGAGGACGGCCAGACGAAGCGAGCAGUGAUUAGCUACCAAAACUGCCGAGGUAAAGGCACAGGGGCGGACUGGCCUCGCCACUCUGACUCCACCCUGGCGGCUCUCGCUGUGCCGGCCACCCCUCUCUCCACAACCAGGGAUUACAUCUUGAGGAGUAACGGGCCUUCUUGUUCGCCCUGGACCAUCGUCAGCCCCUUCAGCGACCCGGAAGGAAACGGCAAUCCGCGCUACAGACGCAGCCGUCACAGCAGGCGGGCCUUCUCCAUCUCCGACGCAGACGAGCUGGACGACGGCUGUUGGCAGCGGCCUCCCAUCCCGUCGUCCUGCUCCUCGACCACCAUCACUCCUACCACCUUCUCCGGGUCCUCCGCACUCGAAGACCCCACCGAGGACCGAGGAAGAGGAGGAGGAGGAGGAGGAGGAGCGGCGGCGGACUUUCCAUCGGGUUCCCCCGAUAACCUCGCUUCGAGAAGAUUCGUUCCAGAGUACCCGGCCGAGAUGCCUCUGUCUCUGGGGCCGCUGCUCCGGUCGUGCUCCCUGGACGAGACCAGGACGCCGCCGGCGCACGGCUCUUGGUGGGGAGAGCUGAUCCAGAAGAGCAUCGCCCAUAGGACCAAGUCGUGCUCCUCGUCCAGAGCGAACUCGCCGACGGAGGACGUGUUCACGUCAAAAGAGGGAAGCGGCUCAGGUUUGAUCUCGUUUUUCAGACGCUUUGGGAACAAGAGCAAAGCUCCAGAUUCAAGAGUGCUGAAUUAUGGAGAAGCAGGUCUUUGAAUUAGCCGGCUAAGAGAAGGAUCCAAUUUUCUUCUUUAACCAUUUUACUUAUUUGUUAUUUAUUCUAAAUAUUUUUGCUGUGAAGUCUGACACUUUUAUCGUUCACUGGGACCAAAGGCAAUCAAGGACUUGUUUUGAAAUGUACGUGUUUUUAGAUAUUUAGAUGUCAGGCUGCAUUCCAAAAAUUCUUAAUUCACAUUAUACAAUAUUUAAGCAUUUGUCUUUUUGUGUGUUUGUAUGUUCAAUAAAGUGUAUUUUCAAUUAAA